AAACAAACACUUGAAACAAUCAUUUAUUUCCACUAUUAACCCAAAAAAAGAAAUCAUUUCCGCGCCCACCAAAAAAUUAAAAAAAAAUCACUCAAUCACUCACCCAAACACCAUUCUCUCCGUCCCCAAAAAAUCAAAUACAGAAAGAAAAAAAACCACUCUCAGUACGACACCGUUUCGCAUCUCGCCGGCAACAAUGGACGACGAAGAAGAACAACAAAAGCUUCCAGAUCUAGUAAAAGCUCUCGUCCACCAUCUACUUUCUCAAAACCUUCCCCCAAAUUCCCCACCCUUAAACCCUACCUCCUCUCACUUCCAAAACUCCCUCCGUUACGCCCACCGCAUUCUCUCCAGCCACCUCACUCCCUCCGUAACCCCCGAUGCCGCCGCCAUCGCCGAAUCCAUCAAACGCCGUCUCGCCACCGAAGGUAGAUCCUCUGAAGCCUUAUCAUUCGCUGACCUAUAUACCAAAUUCGUUUCCAAAGCCGCCGAUGUUGAUAACAAGUGGGCCCUACUUCAUCUCUUCAAUAUCAUUUCUCAAGAUCGUAAAACCGCCGUUAAAUCUCAACUCGAUGCUUCCGUUUUUCUUCCGAAUUUAACUAUCUCCGAUAACAACGUUGGUCCACGCCGUAUUGAAAAUAAGGGAUGGAGCGACGGUGUUGUUGUUCUUGCUAAGGAUCCUAAUAAUCGCUGCGACAUUGCGUUUCAUGAGUAUGUGAAAUUGGUUAAGGAAGAAAACGAUGUGACGGAAGAGGCUAUGGUGACUGAUGUGCUUUAUGCUUGUCAAGGAGUUGAUGAGAGCUAUCAUUCCUGUUGAAGAUCAAAAGCCAUUCCUUCAUUCUGCUUAUCAGAAUCACUCCAAGGGCUUUCACAUAGACAUCAACAUGCUUCCCAAGCCAUUAACGUCAAUUGAUGAUUCGUCUUCUGCAAGUGAUGGAUCAAAGGUGCGCGUGGCUUAUCAGGGAGUGCCGGGAGCAUACAGUGAGGAUGCAGCUUUGAAAGCGUAUCCAAAUUGUGAGACUGUGCCAUGUGACGAUUACGAAGCUGCAUUUAAGGCAGUUGAACUGUGGUUGGUUGAUAAAGCGGUUUUACCAAUUGAAAAUUCUGCGGAUGGAAGCAUCCAUCGCAAUUAUGACUUACUUCUUCAACAUAAGUUGAAUAUUGUCGGAGAGGUGCAGCUGCGUGCUAACCACUGUCUCUUAGGAUUGCCCGGUGUGACAAUGGAGGAACUCGUCAGUGUUGUGAGUCAUCCUCAGGCUCUUGCUCAAUGUAGGACGGUGCUGAACGAUUUAGGUGUUGAUAAAGUUCGUGACCAGGAUACUGCCGUUGCUGCUAAGACAGUGGCCAUAAAUUGUGUAAGACACACCGGAGCCAUUGCAAGUUCCCGAGCUGCAGAAAUAUACGGCCUGGACAUUCUUGCUGAAGGAAUUCAGGAUGAUGAUGAAAAUGUUACCCGUUUCUUGGUCCUUGCGAGGGAGCCUAGAAUUCCAGGAACUGACAGGCCCCAUAAGUGUCCUCAACAACGUAAUCAAAUAGAUUGCGGGUAUUUCAUGUUGAGGUUUAUGCGAGAUACUCUUGCUUUGGGCCGAUUAAAGAUUCGAUGA